GCCAUGACCCCCGCUGCUCUCCCCUGCAGGCUCGUCGCCGCGGCCCCCCGAGCCCGGCCGCCGCCUGCGCCCGGGCGGGCCCCGCGCGUCCCGGGCGCCGCUCCGCAGUGAGCCCACCAGGAGCGGCUGCAGCGGCCACCAUGGGGCUGAAGCUGUCCUGCCUGAAAGGGCUGAAACUGUGUGUCGGCCACAGCGACGGCCAGGACGAGGCGCCCGUCCUGAGCGACAAGAGCCUGCCCGUGCCCGACAUCAUCGUCACGCCGCCGACCCCCACGGGCCUCACGCUGCAGCGGGACAGCAGGAAGCGCACAGACUGGGCGGAGGAGCCGGGCGCCCCCGAGGAAGGAGACACGGACCCCGAAGCCUGAGGGCCUGGAGCCCGGCCCGCGCCCAGCCUGACUCCUGUGCCAGGGGAGGAACCGGGCACAGCGGUGCCAGCCUUGCCCCGCCCGGGACCAGACUGCCGAGGUCGCCAGCCCGCUGCCCGCCCGCGCCCAGGGCCAGGGCAGCCUUCUCUGGACUCAGACCCCGCGCCGGGGUGGCCGGGGCCCGCGCCCAGGACUCCUUCCCGCGGAGCUGCGGCGUCUUUGGCGUGUUCCCCGCGUCCCGAGUCCCGCCCGCCUCUGUCUCA